AUGUACGAAAAUCCGCCUCAGUGGUCUAAGACACCUGUUCCUCCUGGACCUGGGCGCGAGGACAACCCGGCGCGCUUCAACUGCACAUUGUACUUUACCAUACCUGCACAGAUGGACUCCAGCGUUUUCUUAUAUUAUAAGCUGACAAACUUUUACCAGAAUCAUCGUCGCUAUAUGAAGAGUAUUGAUUCGGAACAGUUGCUAAGCAAGCCUCGAACUGCGGACCAACUUCAGGAUGCCGAGUGCAAACCUCUUGGCAAAGACCCUGUGUCAGGCCUGAGCGUAUACCCAUGCGGGCUCAUCGCGAAUAGUGUCUUCAAUGACACAUUUCAAUCUCCUGUAUUGCUGGAUCAAAACAACCAGCCUCAAAGCACAUAUGAAAUGUCGGAGAACAAUAUUAUUUGGUCUGGAGAAGCCAAACGGUACAGGACUCCCACGUACAGCGCGAACGAUGUCGUACCUCCGCCUUUCUGGCAGGGAGCUGAAGGGCCUUUCGGCUAUCCGUCCGGACGCUACGAGGAGGGAAAGCUGUUCGAUCCUAGCAAGAAUGAACACUUCCAAGUUUGGAUGCGAACGGCAGCAUUCCCUACCUUCCGCAAGCUUUAUAUGCGGAAUGACACAGCGCCCAUGCAAGCUGGUCGAUAUUCCCUACUCGUCGGUGACAAUUACCCAGUGGACAUGUAUGGUGGGACCAAAUCUAUUGUUAUCAGCACAGCGUCAUGGAUCGGAGGGCGCAGUUUUAUGAUUGGCUUGUCGCAUAUUGCUGUCGCCGCAUUGUGUUUCGCGCUCGGUAUCGUGCUCACGGCAAAGCAGAUUAUCAAGCCGCGACGCGUGGGAGAUACGAGCUUCCUAAGCUGGAACAAGCCCCACAAACAACAUUAA